AUGUAUGACACGAUCCACACGAAAAUAUUUUCUAAUGGAAAUUACAAGAACGACAUAAAGUACACCUUAGAAUUAAAUCGUUUCUUUUUUCGUCUGUUGGGCAUCUGGCCGUAUACGAAAAUGAAUUUCCCGUACCUCGAGAAUCUCAAAAGAGUCUCGCUGAUCCUCGUCUUUUAUUUCCUCCUCUUUUGCGAUUUUGUUCCGACGAUUCUUUACGUGUUCAUCGAAGAGAAAGACGUUCGUAUCAAAAUAAAGCUCGUAGGACCAAUGAUAGUCACGUUCGUGUCGAUUGUCAAAUAUAUCGAUUUAAUGCUCAGCAAUAAUCAAAUAAAAUGUUGUUUGGCGCGAGUGGAUAAUGAUUGGCGAAACGUCGCUGACAUGGACGCUCGUGAUUCGAUGGUGAACAAAGCCAAAAUCGGCAGACGCAUGGUUAUGCUUUGCGCCGCAUUUAUGUACCUGUCCGGUUUAUUUUUCCGUACGGUCAUGCCGCUGAGCAAGAAGAAGAUCGUCACCGCUCAGAACCUCACGAUCAGGCAUCUGCCGUGUCCGGCUUACUUCGUAUUUUUCGACGUCCAGGCGAGUCCCGCUUAUGAAAUCGUCUUUUUCAUACAGUUCUUUUCCGGAUUCGUAAAAUACACCAUCACGAUAGCGAUCUGCAGUCUAGCCGCGCUAUUCGCUAUGCACAUCUGCGCACAGCUGGAAAUACUGAUGGCGUCAAUGAACAACUUGGUGAACGAACGGGAUGUCAAAAACCUCGGCAAAAGAUUGGCCCUGACAGUGGAACAUCAAAUCAGGACACGGGAGUAA